CCAAUAUCCCAAAUCUCAUAUCCAAUCUACUUCCAAUAUCACAAAAAAUGGAUCCAUCAAAAUAUCAUUUUGAUAUCGCAGCCUACAAACAAAGACGUGAAAUUGAAGAAACUUAUAUACUCAAUCGAUUUAGAGAGCGUCGACAGAAAAUAUUGGAAGAUAAUGCACCUCGUACUAGAAAAUAUCUCAAUAGAGAUCAUGCAGCGGCAAACAAAAGACUAAUUGACGACUAUUUUUCCAAUGAGCCUACAUAUGACGAUGCAAUGUUUCGUCGUCGGUACCGGAUGCAAAAACAUGUUUUCCUUCGAAUCGUUGGGGACCUUUCAAGUAGUGAUAACUACUUCAUCCAGCGAGUUGAUGCAGCCAAUAAAGAAGGUAUAUCACCCUUAGCAAAAUGUAACACAGCAAUGUGUAUGUUAUUAGCAUAUGGUAUGGAAGCAGAUGCGGUCGAUGAGUACAUCAAAAUAGGAGGUACUACAACAUUGGAGUGCUUACGUAGAUUAUGUAAAGGAAUCAUACGAUUGUAUGAGCAAGUGUAUCUGAGAGCACCAACCCAAGAUGACCUGCAAAAAAUACUACAUGUUAGUGAAAUGCGGGGGUUCCCAGGGAUGAUUGACAAUAUUGACUGCAUGUACUGGGAGUGGAAAAAUUGUCCUAAAGCAUGGUGUAACACCAAAACCCCUUUACGCGAAUUUAUUGAAUAUAAAUAA